UCUUCUUGUCACCGGAGAGAUCGAAAUAACAACGUAGUAUGGGGCAGGUGGUACGAGGAAACCCUACUUUUCAAAACCUCGCAACCUUCCUAAACAAUAAUCCUCAGAGCUCUCUCUCCGCCGGCGCGAUCGUGGGAGGGUGCCUGCUCGGAAGCCUCGACGGCGCGUGCACGGAGAGGCUUCUGCUCCAAUGCGCGAGCGCACUGGAGAGCAAUGACGUCACGCUGGCUCAGCAAGUGAUGUGGGUGCUCAACAACGUGGCUUCCGCCACCGGCGACGCCGCCAACCAGCGGCUGACGUCGUGGUUCUUGAGAGCGCUCGUCUCGCGGGCCGCUAGGGUUUAUCCCAAGAGCUACCCCAUGUGCGGCGGCGGCGGCGGCGGGAGGGUGAUGGCGGUGACGGAGCUCGCCGGCUACGUGGAUCUUAUUCCGUGGUAUCGGUUCGGGUUUUGCGCGGCGAAUAGUGCGAUUCUUGAGGCGGUUCAGGGCUGCGCGAAAGUCCAUAUUUUGGACUUUAGCGUCACUCAUUGCAUGCAAUGGCCGACUCUCAUUGACGCCUUGGCGGAUAGGCCGGAGGGGCCUCCGUCGUCUCUCCGGCUAUCAGUCCCUUCGUGGCGGCCGCCGGUGCCUCCAUUGCUUAGCCUCUCCGCCGAGGAAGUCGGGCUGCGUUUGGCCAACUUCGCUAAAUCCAGAUCCAUCCCUUUCCAGUUCAGUGUCAUUGACAUCAACAAUGGCGGCCUUGGCUUAUUCGAGGACGCCGACGAGGCUCUGGUGGUGAACUGCCAAAACUGGCUGCGAUAUCUGCCGUGCCGCCAAACGUUUCUCGACACCAUCAAAUGCUUAAACCCGACACUCAUAACCGUCAUCGACGAGGACGCCGAUUUGGACGCGCCAAGCCUGUCGUCAAGAAUCGUCAACUGCUUCAACUACCUGUGGAUAAUCUUCGAUUCCUUGGAGACAUUCCUGUCCAAGGAUAGCCAGCAAAGGACGGAAUACGAGGCGGAUGUGGGGCAGAAAAUCGAGAACAUAAUUGGGUUUGAAGGAGGGCAAAGGAUAAUAGAGCGGUUAGAGUCCAGUACAACGUUGUCAACCAGAAUGAGGAACAGUGGGUUCGUGAAUGUUCCCUUUUCCGAGGAGACGGUUAAGGAAGUGAAGUUUAUGUUGGAUGAACAUGCGAGUGGUUGGGGGAUGAAGAAGAAAGAGGAUGGCACGUUGGUUUUGACAUGGAAAGGCCACAGCUCAGUUUAUGCCACCACUUGGGUUCCACCUUAUAAUAAUCAUUCAAUUCAUGAUAUUUCAUGCAUAUUAGAAUCUGAUCAUUAUUCGAUCAUGAAUUAGUCAUAGUUGUUGGUUUGGUAAUCACAAGAUUUCAAAUUCAACUCUCAGUAUAGGGGUCUAUUGUAUGGCAUUCUUCGAUUUGAACUGGUCAGCUAUAUAUAUAUAUAUAUAU